AUGCGUGUUGUAGGUACCCUCACCGGAGCCAAGAAUAGUAAGAGGAAAGGAAAACAAGACGUGGCUGGUGCAUCAGGACAUGUAGAAGAUAUAGACGACGAGGAGAAACUGCCAGAGAAAGGGCAUAAGCGUGAGGGCGAGCGUGAGGGCAGGCGUGAGGGGGAGCGUGAGGGCAGGCGUGAGGGAGAGCGUGAGGGCAAGCGUGAGGGCAGGCGUGAGGGCAGGCGGGAGGGAGUGCGUGAGGCUGAGCGUGAGGGAGAGCGUGAGGGAGAGCGUGAUGUGAAGCGUGAGGGAGAGCGUGAUGUGAAGCGUGAGGGAGAGCGUGAUGUGAAGCGUGAGGGAGAGCGUGAUGUGAAGCGUGAGGGAGAGCGUGAUGUGAAGCGUGAUGCGUCUUCUCCCUCUACUCCAGCAGGUGCUCGUGCGGCUGAUGCUCAGAAUGUUCGUGGGCAUGGGGAGGGUGGGACGGAGAGAUGUGGCGCGGAAUUAGAAGAUCAGAGGGGGGUGUCAGUAAGGGUGAAGGCACGGUCCAGAAAGGCUGGAAAGAGGGCCGUUGCUGAGGUCGAAUCUUCUGAUGGAGAAGAUAGUUCUGAGGAGGAAUCAGGGGGUUCCUCCGGGAGCGAGGAGAAGUAUGAUGAGGAGGAGGACGAGAGUGAUGACGAUGAAACUGGGUACGGGAGUGAUGACGACGGUAGGAGAGGGGGGAGGGCACAAGGAGCGCGCAACCAUCGCUAUAAGGGAAAGCGUGGUCAUGCAACCGGUGCCAGUGGUAGUGACGAUCCGGCCUGUGGUGGGGGGCUGAGGGCGGAAGAUGGUGAGGCGGGUGGUGUUGGAGAUUGGUUCAAUGGUAAAGUUGGACGCUCUGACCCAGCAACUCCACCCCUGUUCGCAUCAGCAAGAGGCGAUUCCCCGCUCGACGCUAGCGGAGUGCCCAUCAUUCCCUCAAGCACCUAA